AUGCUAGACCCCAGGCAAGGAUCACGACAAAGUAGUUAUCCCCGUGAAGUGACCAUACAACAAUGUGGGAGGGCAAAGCAUUGGAGUGCAGCGCUGCAACUUUUCCGCGAAGUUUGUCAAAUAGGUUCGGAAUUGAGCUUGGUACAUUACAAUUCGAUUCUCGGCGCGUGCAGUAAGGCUAGGCAGUGGCAGCGUGUUUUGGGACUGCUCAGCGAGAUGUGGGAGGCGAAGCUCGAGCCCGACGUCAUCAGUUACAGCGCUGGGAUCAGCGCCUGUGAGAAGAGCGAGCAGUGGCAACGGGCUGUGGCGCUGCUGAGCGAGAUGUGGGAGGCGAGGCUGAAGCCCGACGUGAUGAACUACAACGCUGGGAUCAGCGCCUGUGGUCAGUGUCGUCAGUGGCAACGGGUUUUGGCGCUGCUGAGCGAGAUGAGGGAGGCGAAUAUGAAGCCCGACGUCGUCAGUUACAGCGCUGGGAUCAGCGCGUGUGGUAAGGAUCAGCAGUGGCAACGGGCUUUGGCACUGCUGAGCGAGAUGUGGGAGGCGACGCUGGAGCCCAACGUCAGCCCUUGUCAGCUACAGCGCUGGGAUCAGCGCGUGCGAGAAGGGCCAGCAGUGGCAGCGGGCUUUGGCCCUGCUGCGCGAGGUGUGGGAAGCGAAGCUGGAGCCCAACUUAGUUACAACUCUGGGAUCAGCGCCUGCGAGAAGGGCGAGCAGUGGCAGCGGGCUUUGGCGCUUCUGAGCGAGAUGUGGGAAGCGCAUCUGGAGCCAACCGUCAUUAGUUACGACGCUGGCAUCAGCGCCUGUGAGAAGGGCGAGCAGUGGCAGUGGGCUUUGGCGCUGCUGAGCGAGAUGUGGGAGGUGGAAUUGAAGCGGGUCUCAGCUAUAACGCCGGGAUCAGCGCGUGUGGGAAGGGCGGGCAAUGGCCACGGGCCGUGGCGCUGCUGA